CACAAAUUACAAGUUUGAAGUUUCACAACUCACAACUGACUGAAUUGAGGGAGGCAAAUAGAAAGUGGUGAGUCGUGAGUUCGUCUCUGACUUUCUCUCUCUUACUACCUCUUCUUCAACUCACAUCUCUUCUCAGAAUUGCAAAUCUGGAAUUGAAUCCUCCUGUUGCUCCAAUUCAACUUUAGUCCCGAACACUUGGAGUGCUCCAAUUAGGGUUCUAUAAAUUUGGGUGAAAUUUCUGGGUUUGAUCGAUCUCCUUCAGUUAUCGGGUAAUUAUUGAGAAGUAUUCAAGAACUGAUCUUCCUAUCCUCGAAAAGAUAAAGUUGUGGCUGAUUUUGAUUUCUAAAUCUUAUCAAGAUCAAUAUCAGGACCAGUACGUAGUGACAUAUACACCAAUAUCAUCCACAGCAAAAGGAUCCAAUGGAAUCGUGGUGGGAGUCUGUAUCAAAAGCUCGCUCCCGAAUCCAAACCCUUCUCUCUUUCCUCCCUCCUUCAUUUUCUACCAGCGAUUCUCUAUCCUCCCUAGUGGACUCUGAUCAACCCGCACGCUCUCUUCUAGACUCAUAUGAAGCCUACUCUGCCAUGUCAUCUGCUCUCUCCGGUUCUGGAGAUGACCCUCUUUGCCAAUGGCUCUACGACACCUUCCUGCAGUCUUCUGAUGACUCUGAAUUAGACUUCCGCCUUGUGGUGGUGUCCUUGGUGCCUCUAAUUGCUGGCCUCUAUCUCUCCCGCAUCCACACCUUUUCCACUACCUCCCCUGCCGCCCUUGGGUCCCCGUCUCUUGCUGGGUUUGAAGCUGUUCUCUUGGCCCUGUACUCUUCUGAGGUUAAGUCUCGUGCUGGAAAAGCCCUCCUUGUUUCCAUACCUUCCCCUGCUUACCUCUCUCACCAUCCUUCCCUCUAUCACACCCCAACUCCUCAACCUCACCCGUCUCCUUCUCAUAAUAAUAAUUAUUUUUCUAGAUCAUCCUCUUCUUCUUCUCCUUCUGGUGUGUCUGGAAUUGGGAUUGAGAUUGGAGUUGGGGUUAUCUCACCUCCUCUGGAACCCCAAAUAGGUAUCCAAUCCACAAAGCGUGCUUCCAUUGUCGGGGUAGCCUUCCAUUGCUUCUUCAAACACAUCUCCCAAAUGCCUCUUUGGUCUAAGGUAGAUCUAUGCCGUUUUGCUGCUUUGUGGGCUGGCAAUGAUUGUCCCUGUGCUCAUUCUCUUGACUUCCACUGUAAUACACCUACUACAACUGCUAAUCGACUAGAUGACAAUGACGAUGAUGUCUCUGUCAGUGAGGAGCUCAUUGUUUCCUCUACCAUAAGCAGCACAACUAGUAGGUCUAGUACCAUUGGAGGUAUCAUUGCUGAACACCCACACCCACACCCUCACCAAAACGGAACAGCAGGAAGUGAAAUCAUCCUUUCGGACGUUAUUUCUAGGUUGGAUAUCAACGGCAACAAUACCACUCACUCCCAAAUGUCAUAUUCUUCUAAUUCUUCUGGGGGACAUGAACAUGGGCAGGAACAAGGAGAAGGAGUGAGAAUUUUGCUGCCUUGGGAGUUGUUGCAGCCUUUGCUGAGGAUAUUGGGUCACUGCCUGUUGGCUCCUGCUCCUAUGAAUAACCAGGAAGUUAAGGACGCGGCUUCUGUUGCGGUGCGGCGUCUUUAUGCUAGGGCUUCUCAUGAUCUGGCUCCUCAGGCUAUACUGGCUACACGUAGCCUUGUUCAGCUUGAUAACCGUGCUCGGGCCACUGCUAAGGCUGCUGCUUUGACCACUUCUUCUUCCAAUGCUAACACCCCGAAAUCUAGUAAGCCUGAGGUCUUCUUGGUCUCCAAGUGAUGAAGACUCUCAUGACACACUUCUCUCUUUGUUUUAGUGGUUCUAUAAUUGGGAAGACGAACUCAGUAAGAGAACAUGAGAACGCACAAGCAAAUGCAACACUAGUAGUCUGCUUGGAUUGGAUCUUGUAUGUUGGAUGAAGGAUUGAAAAGGUUUAUAAUCAUUUCUUACAGUGGGUUGAAGAACAGAAUAGGUCUUAUAUAGCUUCCUUGAUCAAAAAUCUGUGUAAGGUACUUCUUAUGUUGUUACAUUUGCGGUCUGACUAAUUUACAAGCAGGUAUCAGAAAGUACAAUACACUGCCAAAAGCUUUUGUUUGAAAUGGAAAAUUUGUAGAUAUGUGAUACAAAAUGUUGGUACAUUUGUUAAGGUUUACUCCGUACAUUCAUUUAUGUAUUAGUGAUGAGCUCGUGUUAACAGAUUGGGAUUGAAGAAAUGUCAUAUUUGAGACUA